GUCUUUGUCUUUCGAUUUCAAACUUUGAAUUUCUUUUUUCUUGAUUUGGAGCUUUGGGUUUUGAUUUUUUGAUUCCUGAGAAACAAUAAUUUCCAGGUCAAAUUUGUUUUCCUCAAGGUAUAACACUAUAACUUCUAAAACAGUUUUGAAGUUUCUUGUGGUCAUUGUGACAAGAGGGGCUUGACAAUUCUGUCUUCAGAUGCCUGUAAAUUUUCCAUGACUGGAAAGCUGAUGCCGAACGCGUAGCAUGGAUUCGCACCAGCUUUUCGGCCUAUCCAACUCAACCUGUUAUUCAACUAUUUCUUCAAUACCUAAUAGGCUGUUUAGUUCUUCGAAAUCUGACAUAAGAAACUCACCCAAUUCGCCCUUUUCGACUAAAUUUGAUUGUUAUACCUACACCACACCGAGUGACAGCCAAGAGCAGCAUAGUUCCACAGAUAAGCUCUCAGGACUCAGCCCUUCUUCUAACUCUUCACUUGAGUCUAACAAUUAUUUCCAUCCCUUGAGUCCUCCUCUAAACUGCAGGGGCGAAAGCUUACCACUCUAUUCUGGUGGAAGUUCUUAUACACAAUAUGCAAACUUGAGCCACCAAAUGAUAUACACUUCGCAGGAACUAGAUAGCGCACUCAGGGCGCCGGACAGGGAUAAAGAAGUAACAACCCCAAGUGUUAGUAGACCACGGGAAACAGGCCCGCUGUCUAGGACAUGGAGUCGGGAGUCCCAAGGUUCUUUUGUGCUUCAGCCUCAAACAUUCUUUGUCUCUAGGCAUCGGCAGUCAGCUGAAGCUGUUCAUGUUGAGAAACGUCAGAAAGCGAUAGAGGAUUUGUCUUUGCAUGGUAUUCCGCCAGGCAAUCUGAGGCAGUUGUUGUUUGCAUGUGCUAAAGCACUCUUCGAAAACAAGAUGGAUGAAUUUGAUGAGUUGAUUGCAAAGGCUAAGGAUGCUGUGUCUAUUGCUGGAGAACCAAUCCAACGUCUUGGUGCUUACAUGGUAGAAGGGUUGGUUGCAAGGAAGGAAGCAUCGGGGUCUAACAUAUAUCGUGCCCUUCGUUGUAGAGAGCCUGAAGGCAAGGAGUUGCUUUCCUACAUGCAUAUGCUGUAUGAAAUUUGCCCGUACUUGAAGUUCGGCUACAUGGCAGCCAAUGGGGCCAUUGCUGAAGCAUGCAGAAAUGAAGACCACAUCCACAUUAUUGAUUUCCAGAUUGCUCAGGGGACACAAUGGGUGACUCUCUUGCAAGCACUUGCAGCCAGACCAUGUGGAGCUCCUCGUGUCCGGAUUACAGGAAUUGAUGAUCCUGUCUCGAAAUACGCUCGUGGUGGUGGAUUGGAAGCUGUCGGAAGGCGUUUGUCAGCACUAUCUGAAAAGUUCAAUAUUCCAGUUGAGUUUCACGGAGUGCCAGUUUUCGCCCCAGAUGUCACAAGGGACAUGCUUAAUCUCAGGCCUGGGGAGGCUCUGGCUGUCAACUUCCCGCUGCAGCUCCAUCACACCUCUGACGAGAGCGUUGACGUGAACAACCCUAGGGACGGGAUUCUACGACUGGUGAAGUCACUUUCUCCCAAGGUCACCACAUUAAUAGAGCAAGAAUCAAACACAAACACGGCCCCUUUCCUCCCCAGGUUCAUCGAGACUCUAGAGUACUACUUAGCAAUAUUUGAGUCCAUCGACGAGACACUUCCAAGGGACAGAAAAGAAAGAAUCAACGUAGAGCAGCAAUGCCUAGCGAGGGAUAUUGUGAAUAUCAUUGCUUGCGAGGGAAAGGAGAGAGUGGAACGCCACGAGCUGUUGGGAAAAUGGAAGUCCAGGCUGACAAUGGCCGGAUUCCGACAAUACCCAUUAAGCUCAUAUGUGAAUUCAGUGAUAAGAAGCCUGCUGAGGUGCUACUCUAAACACUAUACACUGGUGGAGAAGGAUGGUGCUAUGUUGUUGAGAUGGAAGGAUCGGAACCUUAUAUCGGCUUCUGCUUGGCACUGCAACAACUGAGAUACAUACAAUGAUACAAAGGUAAUAUACAAAUAAUCACAUUCUUUUUUUUUUUUUUUUUUUUCAAUAGGUUAGAGAUGAUAGGUAAGUUUGUUGUACGGUAUAGUGGUUGAUGAUGAUGAUAUUGUAUAUUGACUCAUGUUAUAAUCCAAAAGUGGGCAUUUUCUAAUAAAUUUUCAUACCAUUAGUCAAUGA